GGCGGUGGCAGCCAUCAGAGGGCUCUGCGGCGGAAGAGUUUGCCGCAAGAGCAGCCUGCCUUCCUCAGGCACCGAGAGACCAGCGCGGCGACGGUGCGGGAUUGGCGACUGCCUAGCUCGGAGACCCCCCGGCCGCAGCGGCGCCAGGGGCAGGAGCUGUGCCUCCCGCCGCCGCCCGAGAGCAGCUAGCCGUGUCCGCUCCGGCUCCGGCUCGGCUCAGGCUCCCGGAGGCGGAGGCAGCGGCGGCGGCGGGAGGUGCGUAUCCUCGGCCCAGUCCGCGCCGGGCCUUGCUUGGCCACCCCGGCCGGCUCCGAGGAAAAACUACAUAGAAAAUCUAAUGGAUGAAGAUGAGAAAGACAGAGCAAAGAGAGCUUCUCGAAACAAGUCUGAGAAGAAGCGUCGGGACCAGUUCAAUAUUCUCAUCAAAGAGCUUAGCUCCAUGCUCCCUGGAAACACACGGAAAAUGGACAAAACCACUGUACUGGAAAAGGUCAUCGGAUUUCUGCAGAAGCACAAUGAAGUCUCAGCGCAAAUGGAAAUCUCUGAUAUUCAGCAGGACUGGAAACCUUCCUUCCUCAGUAAUGAAGAAUUCACCCAGCUGAUGUUGGAGGCAUUAGAUGGCUUUAUCAUCGCUGUGACAACAGAUGGCAGUAUCCUGUAUGUUUCUGACAGUAUUACACCUCUCCUUGGGCACUUGCCGUCAGAUGUCACCGAUCAGAAUUUGUUAAACUUCCUUCCAGAACAAGAGCAUUCAGAAGUUUAUAAGAUGCUCUCUUCCCAUGUGCUUGUGACAGAUUGUCCCUCCCCAGGGUACUUAAAACCUGACAACGAUUUAGAGUUUUAUUGCCAUCUUCUCAGAGGCAGCUUGAACCCAAAGGAAUUUCCAACUUAUGAAUACAUAAAAUUUGUAGGAAAUUUUCACUCCUACAACAAUGUGCCUAGCCCCUCCCGUAACGGCUUUGACAGCAUUUUUCCAAGGCCUUGCCAGGUGCCUCUAGGAAAGGAGAUCUGCUUCAUCGCUACUGUUCGCCUAGCAACACCACAAUUCCUAAAGGAAAUGUGUGUAGUUGACGAACCUCUAGAGGAAUUCACUUCAAGGCACAGCUUGGAAUGGAAGUUUUUAUUUCUGGAUCACAGAGCCCCUCCAAUAAUAGGAUACCUGCCUUUUGAAGUUUUGGGAACCUCAGGUUAUGACUACUACCACAUUGAUGAUCUGGAGCUCCUCACCAGGUGCCACCAGCACCUGAUGCAGUUUGGCAAAGGGAAGUCGUGCUGCUACCGGUUUCUGACCAAAGGCCAGCAGUGGAUUUGGCUGCAGACCCACUACUACAUCACCUACCACCAGUGGAACUCCAAGCCUGAAUUCAUCGUGUGCACACACUCAGUGGUCAGUUACUCAGAUGUCCGGGUAGAAAGGAGGCAAGAGCUGGCUUUGGAAGACCCACCAUCUGAGGCCAUCCACCCUUCAGAACUAAAGGGCUCAAGCCUGGAACCUCAGCGGCACUUUAAGGCACUUGACAUGGGCACCUCAGUCUUUAACACAAGUCACUCGCCAUCAGCGUCCUCAAGAAGUUCCCAUAAAUCCUCACACACGGGCAUGUCAGAAUCCACCUCCACUCCAAGCCAGCUGAUGACAGAGGCCAGCACCACGGCUGUGCCAAGAUUGGCCGUCCUGCCCCGAGAGCUCCCUGUGCCACGGCUUAGCCAGGCAGCCAUGAUACCGGUUCCCCUGCCUGUUCCAUCAUCCUAUGACCUCGCACAGCAGCUCCUGCCUCAGACCAUUUUGCAGAACUCACCUGCUGCCCUAGCACAGUUUCCAGCACAGUUCAGCAUGUUCCAGACCAUCAAAGACCAGCUGGAACAGCGCACACGGGUCCUGCAGGCCAACAUCCGGUGGCAGCAGGAGGAGCUCCACAGGAUCCAGGAGCAGCUCUGCCUGGUCCAGGACUCCAGGGUCCAGAUGUUUAUGCAGCAGCCAGCUGUAUCCCUGAGCUUCAGCAGCACCCAGCAACCUGAUGCUCAACAGCAGCUCCCGCAGAAGUCAGCCCCAAGGGCCCAUUCCCCACUCACCACCAGCCCUCAGCUUCCAGGGAAGAUAACCUCUGCCCAGGUCACAGAUCAGCACCUGCUCAAAGAACCAUGCAUGAUAUCAACCCAGGCUCAGGGUCACAAGUCAACGAGAAGCAUGCAGAUGAUACCGGCAGGUUGCCACCCGGUGGGCAGUCUAACACCCUGGUUCAGCAGCCCCUCAGCUGUGCUCUCACCAGCUCUGAGCCUGACCACACUGGCCUCCAACAUCCAGGACACCAAGCAGUGCCAACCCAGCCCAGACUUCAGCCAUGAUAGGCAGCUCAGGCUGUUGCUGAGCCAGCCAAUCCAGCCCAUGAUGCCUGGGUCCUGUGAUAAAAGGCAGGCCUCCGAGACUGGCAGGACUGGACAGCACAUCAAGUAUCCACAGAGCCAGGCCAUGUUUCCAAAUGCAGACGUGCACAGCACCAGCAGCAGCACCACAACCCCCAUCCUGCUGAUGGGACAGGCAGUCCUGCAUCACAGCUUCCCCAGCUCCCAGCCAGCACCCCUGCAGCCCACACAGACCCAGCAGCAGCCUCAACAGCACUUCCUGCAGGUACAGGUGCCAACCUCUUUGCACAUGGAGCAGCAGGAAUCUCCACUUCUCUCCACCUACUCACCCCAGCCAGGGACCCUGGGCUUUGCCCCACAGUCCCAGCCAGACCCCUCAACCUUCCCAAAGGGUCAGCAGCCUGUCUGAGUCCUCAGUCCUCCAGCAGCUGCCCCAGUAGUACCCUGGCACCUCAGUCAGGUCCCAAUCAGCUUUAACCAAUGGAAGAUUAAGUGGGGAGAAGAAUUUGAGCUAAACCGUUGGCCUUUGUGCACACGGCGUACAUUUCAGAUCUUCUGGAUAGUAACCAUCCCUUGAGAAUGGCGGAUGUCACAUGGGAAUGAUCAGGGAUCCAGGUUGGGUUUCCCUUGUUUCUGCGCUCCUUGGGCACACUCCACAGCCAUACUUGGAUGUCAUGACUCAGUCUACCUUAUCAGAUGGCUGGUUUCACUGUACCUUCGUGACAGCACACUGGUCACUUUAGCCAGCAGUGGGCCAUCCACAUGUGCUAGCUGGACUUCAUUCUCUUAAUCCUGUUUUCUUUGCAUUCCAGAAGCACCAGUUUAGAAAUAUUUUGAAGGGAGAAUAAAGAGAUUAUUUUUUCAUUAUUUUUAAAUGGUGGUUUUUGUUUUAAUCUGCAGAGCAGCACAGAUAAGGUAACUUAGGCACUUUUGAUUUUAAAAAAUAAUAAAGUCUUAUGACUUCAUUAGGAGACCACAGUAGCAAAAUAGCCAAUGAAUCAGAGAACAAAGCUGGUCAUCACUCACCAGGUAGCAGCCCACACCCUCUGGCCUGAGCCCCACACUCUGCUGGUGAUUACUUUUAUAACACUGGACUGUUUCCUGUUAACUUUGUUGAUUGCAACUACUGGACAGCUCAGAGCAAAGCACAGUCAUGCAACUGACAAUCCAGAACCUUGAGAACUGAAGAGAUAUGAAGGGAGCGGUUUCACAAGCCAGAGAGGCCUGUGAGGUGCCCAGCCCCAUGGACCCCCACCUAUGCCGAGCCUGCGAGCCAGAACGCUGUCCCUUGCUACACAUCUUCCACAAUAAGACCCAGAACUGGAUUUAUUUUUCAAAAUACACUUUGCUUUUUUUUAAAAUAUGUUUUCUUAUAUUGAGAGGUUUCUAAAGAAAGGAUUUUAUGUAAUUACAAGAUGGAGUGUAGUCAAUUGUACAGCUGUUGUAACAAUGACCUAUUUCUAUAUAAAAUAAAAUUGUAUGGAUUAUGUGCAAAUUAUUUUGUAUCUCAGACACAGUUCCUUUUCCAAAUAUAAAAGUAUAAAAGUUUUCUUGUGUUUUUCUGUAAGUGGACAUUUUGUAAUAAAUUAACAGAUUUGUACAAUUUCCUCUGGAGGCAGUUUCUGUCCCUUGUUAUAUAUGCAUGCAUAUGUAUUUUCAUCAUUAAACAUAUAUAUUUUUAAUUUCAUGAUGUUUCUAAGGAUAAUCAAAUAUG